CCACUCGACUGAAUGCACGGCAACGACAGCAUUUUUCGAGCGAGCUUCACGCUGCAGGGAAGGGCACUCGAAGAUUACAUCGAGGCACAAGUUCGAUAGCUUGUCGCGUGAAAAAUUGUUUCCAUCGUCCGUAAUCAUCGUCCUCGUCAUGAAAUACUUCACUUCCGCGUAGUAAUUUCGGGUUUUAGACCACUCAGUGUGUGUUAGGUGACAAGAACAGAUUCGGCCUCUUCGAUGGAUUUUGUACAAUGACAUGGUGCAGUUAACUACUUCUUUCGACUUCCACAUUUCGUUGUUCUUCACUGAUGGUUUGCUGCUCGGUCGUCUUUGUUCUCAUCAACUCUUAGCUUUCGUCGUACGUUUUAGCUGAGACAAAGAAAGAGAGAGAGAGAGAAAGAGCAAAGAAGAAAGAAGUAUCUCAAGUUUCUGAAGUUUCUAAAGUCAGAAGAUACAAGCAUCGCAUAAAGUGCGAAAAUGAGUGUCAUAAUCAGGCUGCAAAACCUGGCAUGGUCCGCCAACGCAUUGGACAUACGCCAGUUCUUCCGGGGCUUGAGUAUUCCGGAGGGAGGAGUGCACAUUGUCGGCGGCGAGCUCGGAGAUGCGUUCAUUGCAUUCAGCACCGACGAAGACGCCCGGCAGGCGAUGAUGCACGACGGCGGCAAGAUCAAGGAGAUGAAGAUCAAGCUGCUGUUGAGCUCCCGCACGGAGAUGCAGAAGGUCAUCGAAGCCGCCCGGCAGCAGACGCUGAGUCUGCAGACCUUCAUGCAGGCGCCGGUGGCGGUGCCGCCGGUGGUCCAGGCGAAGCCGGGCUCGCCGAACGAGAGACGGGACAAGGAGAACGAGAACGAAUCGAGCAAGGAGCGCAAGGAGCGUCGCGACAGAUCGAGGUCGCGGGACCGGUCGCGCUCCCGCGACCGCGACCGGGACAGGGACCGGCGCGAUCGGGACCGAGGUAGAGACCGACGACGACGGGAUCGCAGCCGAUCCCGGGACCGAGAACGGGACAGGAGGGACCGGCGGCGGCGUCGGGACCGUUCGAGGUCGCGGGACCGCACGAGGUCGCGCGACCGUGACUCGAAGAGGAACUCGACGGGCGAUCGGCGGAAGGACGUGAACGAGGAGGACACCAGCGACGUCGUGUGCGUCGGUCAGUUUCACAAGGACAAGCCGCCGGGCGGGGCGAAAAAGCCGCUGGAGAACGGCGUGUGGGAGGUGCCGCCGCAGACGCAGAUGCAGGCCGCUCUGCUGGCGCCGGGGAUCCUCGGCGCCGGCGUCGCUGCUCUGUCGCAGGACUCGGAGCAGCGGCCGAUGAGCUUCGGCACGUCGGUGAUCGGCCAGCAGCCGAUGCUGCAGUCGGCGGCCGGUCAGUUCAACAUAAACGGCCUGAACGGCGUGAGCAACCUGAUGCAGCCGCACGUGCCGGCCCUCGGUGGACACACGGUGGGCAUAACGCCGAACCUGAACAGCGGCAGCCUGCCCGCCCUGGGCGGCCUGACGACGCGCCCCAAGGAGCCUUGGAGCCAGGGCGAGCAGGGCAGGCUGGACCAGACGCGAUUCCCCGGCAGGGGCUCGAAUCAGUUCAACAACAACCAGGAGUACGGCACGAACGGCAACUACCGCGGCGCCAGGCCGAACAAUCCCUUCAUGAACAAGGUGCAGGAGCUCGAGGGCCGUCGCAACCCGCACGCAUUCCAGUCCGGUAGCUCGUCGAGCUACGGGAACUUCGAGAAGGAGCGGCAGACGUCCGGCAGGAAGUCCGGCAACUCGAGGUUCUCCAACGACAGCAAGAGCGGCGGCGGCCACUGCGUCGAGAUCCGCAACAUGCCGCUGAACGCGACCUACUCGGACCUGCGUUACGCUUUUCAGGGCAUCCACAUUCGCAAGGACGGCAUGAAGAUAAUCAACGACAAUCACGGCAAUCGCGUCGGCAUCGCGUACGUCAAGUUCAGCAAGGCCGAGGGCAAGGAGCUCGCGCUCGGCACGACCAGAUACGUGCGGGGUUCCGAGGUGGAGGUGCUACACCUGGACGAGAACAUCUUCGACAAGACCGUGAACUCCUACUCGCCCGACAAGGAGAGGUCGGAGGACAAUACGGAAAACGACUUCCGCAACUCCACGUGUAUCUUGCUAACCGACCUGCCCUCCUUCACCAAGGAGAUGGACAUCGCCAAGCUGUUCCACGACUGGAAGAUCAACGAUCUCUUCAUCACGAGCAAAGAGGGCGCCACCGCCCAGUGCACGGCUUACGUGCAGUUCGCGCGGCUGGAGGACGCCAAGUCCUCGCUCACCGCGUCGCUCAAGAUCGGCAACAAGCCUGUGACCGCGACCGCCAUCAGCGAGGACACGUUCUCGCAGGCUAAGCGCGACCACGAGCAGGCCAGCAUGAACCAACCGACCUCGUCCGACUGCAUCAUCAUGCGCGGCCUGCCCUUCCAGACGAUCGACCGCGAUAUCUUGGACUUCUUCUCGGACAUCGGCAUCGUGCCGCAUCGCAUCCACAUGAUGCUGAAUCAGAACGGCAAACCGGCCGGCGAGUGCUUCUGCGAGUUCGACACGGCGGACGAGGCGCUGCGCGCCACCGCCAAGAACGGUCUGCCGUUCGGCAAGAACGUGCCGACCAUCGAGCUGGUGCCGCGCGCCAAGAUGCUCGAGACCCUCGGCAUGGUGGAUCCUCAGCAGAUGAUCGAGGCUCAGCAACAGCACUUCCCGCCGAUACAGGAGCAGAGGCCGCGCUUCACCGGGCCGAUGGGCGGCGGCAGCAGCGGCGGCAGCCACAUGCCGCCGCGUUUCGGCAACUCCGGCUUCGGGCCGAGGUGUCCGCCCGGGAUGAUGGGUAUGCCCCGGCACAUGAUGGGACGUCACCCGCCCAACAUGGACUACGUCGAGGGCUUCGGCAAGCCCGGCUGCGUGCUCUCGCUGGAGAACGUGCCGUUCAAGGCCGACAUCAACGAGAUCAUCGACUUCUUCGGCGACUUCGACGUCAAACGGGAGAACGUGAUACGUCGGUACAACGAGCGAGGCAUGCCGACGGGGGACGCGCGAGUGGCCUUCGCCUCACCCAGCGAGGCGCAGCGCGCCCUCAGGGAACUCAAGCACUGCAAGAUGCGAGAGCGCACCAUAUACAUGAAGCUCGCGUGAGUUUCCGCCGCUUCGUCCUGAGGAACGUACAGAGACCGACGCUGACGACGGACUUGCUUCACGUCCGAUCGCUGAGUCCUCCCUCCGACGUGCUGAAGCCGGGGAGAACCGGACAGUCUUGGUGAUCCUUGCCAGCGUGCGACCGGAAGCACCGGGCGAUGGUGAGCGUCUUCUUCGCGGCAGACAGUAUUUCCUCGUGAAUUUCGUGCGACGCUCUUUCGGUUGGUCGGUGUGUAUGUGUACAUAGGAAGCGUAGAUUUUUUAAGAAGUUCGCCGGUCUGAUCGUCGCCGUGACAUCCCUCGAGUCUCCUCCUCCUCCUCCUCCUCCUCCUUUUUUGUCCACGAUGGUCGAGGAAAUUCGAUCGGUACUCUCGACGCGUUCCGACGUGGGGGUCUGCGCGAUUGCGAUUCGGUGACGAGUGAAAAAGCGUUCGUCGUUCACGACGUACCUUAUUUGAAUGGACGAUGGAAAAAUCGCACCCUGUAUUUAUAUAAGUAUAUUAUAUACAAUUACGUAUGCAUUAGUUCUAACGUAUUGUAGAAUGGACGAGCCACGCGAUAUUACCGAUAGCUGCGGAAAUCUCGUUUACUUUACGAAGAUGAAAACACAACAGAAAUCGGACGUCUCUUUAUUCGCAAAGCUCUUGCGAUGUAACAUCUUUCGAUAAACUCGACAACCAAUAUAUAUAUAUAUACACGGAAAAAGGAAGAUCAGCUGCAGUAGCUAAAUUAGCUGUACAAUAUAUGGACACUCCGAAACUUCAGCAGUGUAAGCAAUUUUAAUUGCUGCAUUAGCAAAUUCUUUUACUGCUGCUAAAGAGUUUGCUAUUGCGGCAAUUAAAAUUGCUUAUGCUGCUAAAAUUUCAGGUUACAACUAAUUUUAGUUAUUGCGGCUAAUUUUCUUUCUCUUCCGUGUAUUCAUACCUGGAUAUAAUUCGGGUGCUUCUACUAAUUAUUUCAAUUGGUAUUCUCAGUUGCGGAAGUUACGAUAUUCUCCAAGAUCGAUUGCUGCGGAGAAUUUGUGUUCCGACGUGUUAAUGACAGAGAGAGAGAGAGAGAGAGAGAGAGAGAGA